AAAAAAUGGCUUGGCUUGUAUAAUUUAUAAUUAUACUGAAAGUUCCAGGAUAAAGCAAUAUAAAAAAGGUGCAGUACUGCGCUUGCACCUAUAGUUUCAUUGCUGAGUACUGAAGUUAUUGCUGCAGUGGCUUUUAGGCGCCUGAAUGUGGAUACUACUAUUUGACGUCAAGUGGAUGUAUUACCAUUAUGCCAUUUGGCAACUACAAAUGCUUUAAUAAAUAUAUAUAUAUUUACGCUCGUAGAGCAGAUAAACGCUUAAAAGGAGAAAACAACAGGUUCUUAAGUAUUUCGUGGCUAUUGUUCGCUUUUGGUUUUUUAUUUCAUAUUUAUAACAUUUCUUUAUAUCAUAUACCAUUAUAUACAAUGAAGUCUGUGUCUUCAGCUAGAAUUAUUGGCACAAUUGCAAUGGUCACAAUGGCUGCGACAUCUGUUGUCGGGGCAGGAGAAUCAUCGAUUUCAUCAGUGGUGGCAAAAUCGGUAGAGGCCGAAACAUUUUCGAUCGCAGAGUUACCAGCAUCCUCUGUGCCGAUUUCAGUGUCUAGCACUAUCUCGCCGCCAGUUUUGGUGCCCCAGUCAAAGGAGCCCGUUAUCAGCGGCUCCAGUGACAGCUCGAGCAGCAGCGCUAGCAGCAAGCCCAACGAUGCAAGAGGCGCGUCCGCCAACAUUUCGCUCCAAGGAUCCAUUGGCGCCCUGGCCAUUGCCGUCUGUGGACUUGCGUACUUUUAAGCAAUAAAAUAUAAUUUCUUGUUUUAUUUUAUUAAAAUACAGAAG